AAUGAACUCGGUUUCGACAUGAUGCGGCAAACAGCAAAUUUGUGGGCUCGGAUAGCGACACAGAAGUCGCUACUCCGAGGGAAGAAUGUCUUGACGCUGGAACAUGUACGCCUUGGUAUCGGAGUGUGGAAUUGGCAAUGGCUGACGAUGAUAAAAAGNUUCAUGCAAAAGAAGAAGGCGCUCAGUCUCUGGCGCGAGAUCAUGCGAGCCAUCACCAGUACANNAAUCCCUGGGUCACCGACGAAGAGAGAGAUGCGCGACUAUGCGCGCACCGAGUUCGAGAGGCACCGAGACGUACAUGACAUUGGCCAUAUUCGUUAUCUCAUCUCGACAGGCCGCACUCAGUUUGAUGGCAUGAAGCGAUACAUCAACGAACAGGGUGGUAACGCCGCUUCGGACUCCACCCCCAGCGCAAACUCUGGUGAUGUUGUCACCGUCUUCCACGACCCCGAGAACUUCAACGUCAAGCACCCUCUUGCUCACACCUGGACCCUGUGGUUCACUAAGCCCCCGAGUGGAAAGCAAGACUGGAACGAGCUCUUGAAGGAGGUCAUCAGCUUCAACAGUGUUGAGGAGUUCUGGGGCAUCUACCUCGCCCCCAAGUCCGACUACCACCUCUUCAAGCAGGGCGUCCGCCCCGAGUGGGAAGACCCCCAGAACAAGCACGGUGGCCGCUGGUCCUACACCUUCAAGCAGCGCCAGGCCAACGACGAGAUCUGGCUGCACGUCCUGCUCGCCGCCAUUGGUGAGCAGCUCGAGGAUGACAACGACAACGAGGUCAUGGGUGUCGUCAUCAACAUCCGCAAGGCCUUCUACCGUAUCGGCCUCUGGACUCGCAGCGCCGGCACCAAGGCCAACCCCACCAAGCAGGGCCAGCCCCAGCGCACNCCCCAGGAGUCGCAGGCCAUCCUCAUGAAGAUCGGCGGCCGCUUCAAGGAUGUUCUCCAAGUCACCGAUAAGGAGCCCGUCGAGUUCAUGGGUCACUCCGACUCUGCCAACGCCGGCUCCACCCGUGCUAAGGCCAAGUACCAGGUCUAA